GAGCCUGCUUCAUGGAAUCCAUGUUCGCUUGUGUUGUUCUCUGAUUUUUUUGUUGCGUGUUCGUGGAUACCAGAAGAAUGUACUUGUUGGUUUUGAGAUUGUUAUUGGUUCGGAUUCUUAUGGAAGCUCUCUGUUUUGUCUAAAUUAACCGCAGAAAAAGAAAAUCGGAUUAAGCCCCUCAUAUACAGAAUCCAAGAAUUCAUCUGGCACUUAUUCCUCCUGCAGAUCAACUUCAACGCAGAUUCUAGCAUAGCUACCUCGAUUUUAGUAUCAAUCUCUCUAACAUAAGUAAGACUAUGGAGGUCAACCAUAAUUGUCUCCGCAACUAAAUCCGUGCUUUCUCUGGGCACUCCUUAUUAUAACAAUGCAUUGUUAGAUUAUGAAUUGUUAUCCAUAUUGCCAUUUUUCCCGGUUUGUUGGUUAAAGGAUUGAACUCAGGAGGCCAACGUUGAAUGGCUAAUGUGAUGCUGCAAGAUGUCCCAGGGCCCUUCAUUUUAUGAGCUUGGGAACCUCGCGACAUACUAAUUGUUUUCAAGAUUACCAAUGGGAAAGAAUGAGUUUCUUACACCAAAGGCUAUUGCUAAUCGAAUCAAAGCAAAAGGGUUGCAAAAGCUUCGAUGGUACUGUCAGAUGUGUCAGAAACAAUGCCGAGAUGAGAAUGGGUUCAAGUGUCAUUGCAUGAGUGAAAGUCACCAGCGCCAAAUGCAAAUCUUUGGACAAAAUCCAAAUAGGAUCAUUGAGGGCUACUCUGAAGAGUUUGAGAAGUCUUUUCUAGAACACAUGAGGCGGAGCCACCGGUUCAGCCGGAUAGCAGCUACAGUAGUUUACAAUGAAUACAUUAGUGAUAGACAUCAUGUUCAUAUGAAUUCCACUAAAUGGCUUACGCUAACUGAAUUUGUCAAGUAUUUGGGUCGGACUGGCAAGUGUAAGGUUGAAGAAACACCCAAAGGUUGGUUUAUAACAUACAUUGAUAGAGAUUCUGAGACACUUUUCAAAGAGAGGAUGAAGAACAAGAGGUUAAAGUCUGACAUGGCUGAAGAAGAGAAGCAAGAGAAGGAGAUACAGAGACAAAUAGAAAAAGCAGAGCAGUUGAUGAAGCAGCCAUCUACCAUUGGAUCCGAUCAACCUUCACAGGCUGAGCUUCCAAGAGAAUUAAAAGUGGAAAAUGGGGCUAAGGUUGGGUUUUCUCUUGGUUCAUCAGCAAAACUUUCAACCGAGGAAAAACCAGAGGGACCAAAUAUAGUGUUCGACGAAGUUGAGGAUGCCAAGAAGGAAGCAAGGAACCCCGUUGGCUCUUUGAAGAGUAAAGAGAGUGGUGGUGGGAAAUCGACAUUGGAUGAACUGAUGCGAGAAGAAGAGAAGAAGAAGGAGAAGAUUAAUAGAAAGGAUUACUGGUUGUAUCAGGGAAUUGUUGUUAAGGUCAUGAGCAAAGCUUUGGCUGAUAAAGGGUAUUACAAGCAAAAAGGUGUUGUAUUAAAAGUGAUCGACAAGUAUGUUGGGGAAAUAGAGAUGGUUGAAAGCAAACAUGUGCUCAGAGUUGAUCAGGCUGAGCUUGAAACUGUGAUUCCUCAAAUUGGUUGUCUUGUCAAGAUAGUAAAUGGAGCUUAUAGAGGAUCCAUAGCAAGAUUAUUAGGGGUUGAUACCGAUCACUUUUGUGCCAAGGUGCAGAUAGAGAAAGGUCGUUAUGAUGGGAGAGUCCUCAAGGCAGUGGAGUACGAAGAUAUUUGCAAAUUGGCCCAGUGAGUUUAACAGCAAAGGAUAAGUAUGUGUGUCAUCUUGUAAUGAAACAUGUACUUUGCAUGAACAUUUUUGGUAAUUUUUUC